AUGAAGAUUUUAGCUUUUUUGUUUCUUUCAUUGGUGACAUGCUCAGCACAUAAGAUAUUGUUCUUCAAUCCGACACUUUCCCGUUCCCACAUGAUUUCAAAUGGACGUAUCGCAGAUGAGUUAGUUCAAGCAGGUCACGAAGUGGUUUUGUUUGAACCCGAUUUUCUAUUCAUAGUAAAGAAUUUGAACAUAUCGAAAUACGCCAGGAGAUGGGCCGUUCAUAAUUUCACUUCAACAUACCUAGAUUCCUUGAACUCUUUCACCCGCAUUGAUAUUUUGGGAGACGGUGAUUGGCAUAGUGAUACGUCAAUAGUGUACAAAUAUGGAAGUUCUUUCAACAUCAUGUGUCGAGACCUUAUCAAUAAUGAUGAGAUUAUGGGACAACUGCGGAAGGAAAAGUUUGAUGCUUAUUUCGGAGAGCAAGUGAGUCUUUGCGGAAAUGCUUUGGCUUAUGCACUGGGCAUAAAAAUUCACUUUUGGGUUACAAGCUGUCCGAUGGCAGAAGGACAGACGUGGGCGAUUGGUCUUCCGGUCCCCUUAUCAUAUGUGCCAGCUGGCAUCAAUUUGGAUAUGGAUCUGCAUCCGUCGUAUUUCAAAAGAGCUCAGAAUAUAGUGUUCUCCUCUCUUCUAUGGUAUUUCACCCGAUUAGUCAAUAUAGAACUGACAUCAAUUUUCCAAGAUAAAUUCGGGCAAGAUUUCCCGGAUGUUGAAGACAUUGCCAAAAAUUCUGACAUAAUAUUUGUUUCGACUGAUGAAUUCGUGGAACUACCACGACCAACGUUGCCGAACAUUGUUCAUAUAGGAGGUUUAGGAGCAACAGAUAGUGUAUCUGAAAUGGGAGAAAAGUUUGAAAAGGAAAUGAAUAAAGGCAAGAAGGGAGUAGUUCUUUUCUCUCUAGGAACCAUUGUCAACACAACAGAUCUACCGAAAAUAGCUAUGAACGCAGUUUUUGAAACAUCGCAGCAUUUUUCCGAUUACCACUUUCUCGUGAGAGUGGAUAAGUCUGAUAAGUAUGCAAGAGAACUGGCAGCUACAUCUGAUAAUUUUGCAGUCUUCGAUUGGCUUCCACAACCUGCCAUUUUAUUACAUCCUCGAUUGAGAGCUUUCAUCACGCACGCAGGAUAUAAUGGCAUUAUGGAAGCUGCGAGAGCCGGAACUCCACUUAUUACAAUUCCUUUCAUGUUUGAUCAAACUAGGAAUAGUCGAGCAGUGGAGAUGUCUGGAUGGGGUGUGAUUGUGAGAAGACAAACUCUUAGGCAAGGUCCAGUACAUCUGAUCGCUGGACUUCAAAAAGUUUUGGGGUCUCAAAAGUACAAACAAGCUGCAAUGAGAAUUCGAAAUCUUGUCAGGAACAAACCCUUUAAUGCGAGCCAACGCUUGAUACAAUACACGAAUUUUGUUUUAGCAAACGGAGGAAUGAAAGAAUUACUAGUUGAAGGACGAAAUCUCACUACCUCGGAAGUGGAGGAUGUAAAAAACAAAAACGAAGAGCCGAAGGUUAUGAAUGGAGAUGAGCUGACGAAAUAUAUCGAGAGGCUGAAAAUUAAGAACGAAGAUGCUUCCCAAGAAGCACUGAACCCUAGUGACAAAGAAGGAGAAGAAAAAAUCCUUACGAAACAGGAAGAAGUCUUGGCCCAGUUCUUAGUCGUAGACGAGAAGCUUACAAUGAUGGACUAUGUCCGAGAGUUCUUUGAAAUUCGUGGAGCUCAGGAUGCUUUGCGAUCCGAAUCCAAAUAUGCUUCGAACACUGCUUGUAAUGCUUUAUAUUUCAGUCGCAAUCGUUAUCGAGAUAUUUUACCAUAUGAUUAUAACAGAGUUGUUUUAUCCGGAACAGAGUCCAAUCCCGAUGGCUACAUGAACGCUUCUCAUAUCUCUUUAGAUAAAGGAAAAACUAAGUUCAUCGCUGCUCAAGCCCCCUUGCCAACAACUUUGGAAGAAUGGUGGCAAAUGAUAGAUGAACAAAAUGUUUCGAUUAUUUUAAUGUUAUGUAAACUUUUGGAAAUGAACAAGGUGAAGUGUCAAUGUUAUUGGCCAAAGCCCAAAGGAACUAAAGAGAUUUUCGGUAAUUAUGAAGUCACUUUUGAGGAUUGUGAAAGAUUUGAUGACGAUGAGGACUACAUUCUGAGAGUAUUCUCCUUUGAAAAUCAAAUUACUGGUGUGAAAAAGACAGUCAAACAACUUCAUUACAAGGAGUGGCCUGACCAUGGUUGUCCAUCUGGAGAAAUUCAAUUGCUCAAUAUGAUCAAAAAAAUGGCUGAUCUUCAAACUAAUAUAGAGCAGCCCGUUCUUGUCCACUGCAGUGCUGGAGUAGGUAGAACGGGAACUAUAAUUGCUGUAAAUUACGUGCGGGAGCUGAUUGAACAAAACGCUCUAGAUUCUCUUAAUAUUUUCGAGAUAGUUCUAUCCUUGCGGAAGCAAAGAGCGAGUAUGGUUCAAACUCAGGAUCAGUAUCAUUUCCUGCAUAAAUGUAUUGCUCGUUACUGUAGAGAACAGUUAGGUAUCCCUGAGCCAUUCAAACCGAUCAAAUGUGAGCCAGCUCAAGCUUAUGUUACCUACCCACCGAAAGUACUAGAUGAAAGCUAUGAAUCGGACAGUGAUUUAGACGUGCCGGAUUUUCCGGACGAGCCGCCUGCUCCACGAGGUCCAGAAGAGCUGGGCAGCGCGGCAAGUUAA